AUGGCAACCGAUUCCCGCACCUGGAUCGGCCUAAAAGGCAUCGCAUUGGCCUCAACAUUCGCAAUCGCAUCGUCCCAAACGACCACCGCAUUAGUCUUCAUCCCAGCUCUCCUCCGUCCUCUCGAAACCUCAAGAUCCGCCUCCUCAUCACCAUCACAACCUCCCUCCCGUCCAGCCUCCAGCCUUCGCGUCCCCCAACUCCAAGAAGAAAGCGGCCGCCUAACCCCCUCCGCAACCCCCUCCUCCUCCAAAGCCUUCUUCGACUUCAGCAUCGGCAGCUCCGGCACCUACAAAGCCGUCGCCCAACAAUUCGCUCGCAUGGAGGCGCUGAACUUCCCCUUCGUCGUACCCAUUGAACUCUUCGCGAUCGGCGUCUUCAGCGUUUCAGCGUACCGGGCGCGCAGCGUUGGGAAUUUGGAGUGGAGGAAGUGGGCUAGUGCUGCGGCGAUAUUGGGGAGUGUGUUCCCGUACAGAAUAGCUUUGAUGGAAGGGCUGGUGCAUAAGAUUAAGAGGAUUGGAGGUGACGAGGAGAAAGUUGAGCCGUAUGAGGAUGCGCCGCCGGAUAGGGAGAUGGAGAGGGGGAAUACGGUGGAGUUUGUGAGGAGUUGGAAUGUGUAUAAUGUGGCUAGGGCGGGGAUUAUUUAUGUUGCGACUUUCACCGGGUUAGUUGCGUUUGCAUUGGAGUGA